CGGAGCGAGUCUGUGUUAGUAAAUACAAGCAGAGUGAAGACGGAAUAAAAGAGCUCUGACACAAAAAGCGGAAUAAAAACAGCACUGACAGACACAUUCAAACGCUGGCGGGCAGUUUUGCUGACUCCGCCGAUGGAUGAUGAGGAGGAGGAACAGCUUCCUCGCUGCUGUGAAACACCACUAAGAGUCAAGAGCUCAGAGAACGGAGACGCCCACCGUCGAGCGGUUAACAGACACAGACUCUUUGAAGACAGAUCCACGCAGACAGUGAGCUCUGUCCUGAAUUCAGUGAGAGUCGGAGAUAUGGCACCGUUCCAGGGUUCAGGGAGAGACACAUCAUCUCCCUGUGGAGCUGUGGAUGCCAGGACUGCAUUCAGGGCUCACUGUGGAUCCAGGGGCCUUGCGUCACUUACUAUGGCCCCUGGGGCUCCAGGGCCAAGAGCACUUUUUCAUGGAAAUGCUGGAUUUCGUGCACAUUUCCCCGCGCUGUUCGAACCUGUCCCGGAUGGCGUACAAAACGUCGAAGAAAGGGAGGCCGACGAAGCGAGACCAGAAGAAAAAGAAGACGAACGUGACAUGGGAAUUAGCGUGGAGAUUCAGAUUGGACGUAAAUUGCGUGAAAUGGGGGAUCAGUUUCAGCAGGAACAUCUUCAGCUGUUCACUCACAGGGGCCAGUUGGGUUUGUUCCAGCUAGUGACAUCGAUCUACAACUUCCUUUUUCCUCAAGAAGGAGCCCAAAAUGCAAGAGCCCGGAGAUGA